GCUCAACAUUGAGUUCAGUAUCCAUUGAGCUGUUGGAUGUAGUGGAAUGGUAUUGUCGGUCCCUCUCGGUGUCAGCCGUGCGUGAUGUGCUCAGUUUCGACGGUUUAACUUUCAGUCUAGUUGACCCGAUGUGUUUAGUUUUGGAACGGUGAAUUAUAGCAUAGGAAACGCUUCGCCGGCGCUUUGGAACACCUGUGCGUACCCUGCAUGUAGAGGCAUUUUGCUUGGGGAUCAAUACUAGAGGGGUCCGUGGCCGGAAAUAAAAGAAAAUAAAACUCACCUUAAUUGUUCGUUUCGUUCAUUGGAAGCAGAGGCCCGCGGAGAACAGCAUUGUAGCACCUGAAAGUCGAAUAGUGACAAGUCGAAGUGAUUGGAGUGAAAAAAGGGUGCAGUCGAGGUAUUCAGGCUUUAGAAACUUCGCAAAGACAGAUCAGGAAGUGAGUGUUGUUGAAGAGAUUUUCAAGUGGGCUCUAAUUAUCGUGCCUCGAUCAAAUUGGGGAAGAAAGCUAUUCAUCAUCGCACCGAGUGCUUGUGUUGCUGACUGGUAAAUGUCCUAGAAUUAUAGUUACAGUAAAUUAGGCUCCAUUAGCUUACUGGUGGCACAUUGGCAGAACUGAGUCGAAUAGCAAACCAAAAGAGAAAACAGAGAAGAAUCCAAUCAAGUGACUUCAACUCAAAUAAAAGUGUGAUACUGAUCGUGUUUAGGUAAAUGGACAUAAAAGACUACCAAAAAGAUAAACGCACCGUGAGAUUGUUCACGUUGCUGAAAAAUAAAAGAAGCUUCAAUUAGAUCCCGUGUGCGGUACUGCUGGUUAACAUCUGCCAUCCAUCGACUAAAGGUGCUAGUGAUUGAAAAGCCCACAGGCUGUGAAAAAAUAAGAAGCGAAAAGAACUACGAAGCUUGACAUAAAUCAUAUCGAGCGAUCGGAUCGCAACCGGAUUAUUUUACCGUACCGGACCGCGGCGAUACCAACCAUCGAGACGGGAAAAAUGAGACACAUCGGCGUAGAGACCGAAGACCCUCUGAAACGAAUACAGGAGGAAAUCAACGAGGUGGCGCGACGAGAGCAGGAACUACGGCAGGGCCACCGGCUAAACGAUUCCAACGAUGAUUGUAUCUCCUCGGCCAACUCGGACGAUUCCGGACUUUCGCUCUCGCCCAGCCCCAUCCACUCGCCGUCGGUGGCCAACCUGAAAGACAAACUGGAAGCGGCAAGCAAUCAGAUAAACGGUACCAACGGCCACGACGGUGCUACUGCCCUGACUAACGGCAGUCGCCAAUUCAUCUUGCCGCAGUCGAACGCGCUGACCCGUGCACGUUCCACGCCGCAGCUCUUCCAAAUUUCACCGCACCGGCGCUUCAAUGUGAACCCAAAUCAGCGCGGCCUGAUGCAAAAGUUUAUCGCCUCUCGGGGUCGGCUGAGCAAACUCGCAUCCACCAACAAUAGUAACAGCCAAAACAAUACUGGAGCCACUAAUAACAAUUCAAUUGUUCGAUCAGAGCAGCAUGUGUCUCCGAUCGAGCUGAUUCGUACACAUAUUUUGUUACCGCCAACGGCCAUUUCUACUCCCCCAAUCAUCGAGCGAGAUUCCAAAGGAAAACCCAUCCGGCGAGGCUAUGUUCCAGUCGAGGAAAAAAUCCAGAAAGAGCUGCGCGAUUUGAAAAAUCGAGAGACCGAACUGAAGCGAUUACGGAAACAGAACCGCAUGGCAUCGCAGUCUGAUCUGCUGGAGCUGAGUUAUGACAGCGGAUCUGCGGAAGAGGAUAUCUCCGAUGACGAUAGCUUCGAUACGAACGUGUACCCUUCCACACAAAAAUUGCGAUCUACCAAAUCGAUUGGUGAGCUCUGCGAUGCCCUGACACAUUCUAGUCUAUCCCCAAGAGAAACGCCAUCGCCACAGUUUGAAAAUCGACCUCGUGGAAUGCGACCGGCCAUGUCCUUGGCACAGUUGUGUGACCUGGAUCCACAGGAGGCACCCUCUUCGCACAAGUUGAUAGCCAAAUGGGAAACUCUUAUCCAGCAAACCCAGCAACGGUAGACGAGAAGCAGUGAAGCGAAGGUUUAUGUUUGUAAAGUGCAGUGCGGUUAGGGCGUAUCUGAUAUUGUCAAAAGCCACUAUAUUGAAUUAAGGAUCCACAGACAAUACAAAUUAUUUUCUGCGAAAUACAAAAUCGAUAAUUGAUUAGUGUUUUUUAAUCUAUAUUUCGUUAAUCUAUUUUUAGAAUUAAAUUAAUUGAAUGUAGUACUGCCAGCUACUACACAACGUUAUUACAUUUUCUUACACGAAAUGAUUCAUAGUCAGAUAUGCCGUAAUUGUAUAGUAAUCAAUUAUUGUCAGGUAUAGUAAUUGUAAAAAGAAUUGAAGCCGCAUUAUUAGGUUAGGCAAUAUUGAAGAAUGUGUGAAAUAUAGAAAACAGGCUGUAUUUAUUGCGCUACGUGAUGUCGAAAUACAUUACAAUUAUGUUUGAAUUAUUCCUUAAAUUCUGUUCAAAA